ACCUCAAAGGGAAAGCAGAAAAUGCUCGAACAAUAACAAUGCAAAUCCUGCAGGCCCUGACAUGACUUCUUAUGAGAAUAUCCCCCCAAUCUGCCUGGUGGUCAAGCCGGUCCAGGGCAGGAGGCCAGACUGGUGGAUCUUUGAGAUGGAAGAAGUAACUUGGAUGAGUGACGAAAUGUAUCUCCUGCCGAAAAAGCUAUGUCCAGAUGAACAGAAUCAACUUUCUGGGAUUUCCUUAUCUGGAUGAUUGAACGUACAUCAAGACUCAGCCUAUAGUAAUCCAGUGAAAGUUGUCAGUAUUUCCACUGCUACACAGCAAACAGUAGCAAACAACUGUUGAUAGUUAAUCCGGCAAAUGUUAUUUUCCAAAUUGUAAACAAAUAUUUUUUAAAGCGGCACUUAUGUUCUUGCCACAGUGUAACUCGGUUUAACGCAGUAACCUGAAGUGUCCAUCAAAGUGACCAAUCACAUUAGGAUCCCAACUUCCUUUGGGCUCAGCCUUCAAACAGUUGAUUUGAGCAACCAGGAUUCUGCUGAGAGCAUAAAGAGCUACACGCUAGAGUGAGUGUGUGAGUGGCAGUGAAUACCUGUGCCUGUGAAAUUCAAUUAUUUACUCGGAUUAUGUUUUUUUUUUCUCGUGCAUGACUUUUGACAGAAAAAUAAUUCCAUACAAGAGUCUUAUUUUUUUUCUAGCUAAAUAUAGAUAAAGGAUAAAUAAAUAAAUAAAAAAUACCACUUUCUGAGGGAUUUAACUGGGAUAUCACCUUCUCCUUCUUUAUCACCAUGCUUUGUGACUUUUUGAACUUGGAAAACAUCUUUUCACACAAUGCCAGAUCUCCCAGAGGACACAUCUUACCUGCCCAUGUGAUGUGGUUGGUCAUCCAUGAAUUCUCUAAUCAAGGGGUGUCCGUCUCCUGCUGUGGUCUCUGGUCCCCUAGCCUCUGCCACGCCUGGCUGUAAUGAGGAGAUUCCCAUGAUAAACAGGGCAGGAGAGACGGUGUAUCCCUUCUCCAGAACCUGCCAUGUAGUGUUGCCAUAUGGUCCUGAAUCGCAUCAUGAAUAAGAUCUAUCUGAUCUUAUUUGGGACGUAUUGUCUUUCAAGGACUUCCUGAUGAGGUUAUGGAGAAUUGAACCAUAUGUAUUGACUAGGUCUAGCCAGACAACUGGCAAUUACCCUUGCUUCUCUGCUUGCUAAUCAUGGUAAUAUGAACCUUAGGAUACCUCCCUUCUGGAAUGAGGUGCCCAUGUAACCAUUCUCCUUCGGGUAUGUUGUAAUCUGUGUUUCCAAGCCUGAAAAGAAAAUCUUAGCUGUACUCGUAAGAAACAUGGUUUUAAAAUUAGCUAAUCUUAGAAAAUCCCUACUCUUUUGGCACAAAGUCUGUGCAGCAAAAUUGAGUAUUUCUUUCAGUAUGUGUAAGGCAGGCCACUCGUUCUGACGCUUCAGCCUUCUUUACCACCUCUUUUACUGUUCUCCAAGGUGGUUCUCUGGUGCUCAGGUCUUUAAAAGGAAGUGCUGGGCCGCUGAUCUUUGGACUUUGGAUAUGUCAUCAUCUACAGUGCAUAGUAUCAUUAAAAGAUUUUGAGAAUAUAGAGAACUCUCGUCAACUCCCAUCAAUAUAGGAUGCUUAUGAUUUUUUGUCAUUGAAUACUUCAGCAACACAAUGGUAAACCAAAUACUGCAGCUAUAACAAUACAAUGGUUUUUUAGAAAAUACAUUUUUUGUUGCUGAAUUGUCCAGUCCAAACCUUUCACCAGUUGAAAGCAUUUGGCACAUCAUGAAAUGAAAAAUACAACAAAGACAACACAGGACUGUUGAGCAGCUAGAAUUCUAUUAGCUUUCCUCUCCAAAACGUUCAACAACUGGUUUUAGUUCCCAGACAUUUAAGACGGCAUGCUGCACAGUGGUAAAUGUGUUUUUUGAGAUGUGCUUUUUUUUCUUUUCUUGAAAUGGUACAUUUUUUUAUUUGAAACAUUUUUCUGUAUUGUUGUAGUUUAUUAUUAUUGUUGUAGUUUAUUACAUUUACAAAUUUUGUUUUAUUUGCAUUUUACCCAGUGUCCCAACUUUUUUUGGGGGGUGGGGGGGGGAUUUGGUUUGAAUUGGAAACCCCUCUAAAUGCUGAGUUAUAAAUUGUGUUUUAGAGCAGGGGUCCCCAACCCCCGGGCCUCGGACCGGUACCGGUCCGUGAGUCAUUUGGUACCGGGCCGCGAGAGUUGAGGCUCGGGUGUGAAAUGUAUGGUUUUCAGGGGUUUUAUCGGUUUUUAGCGUUAUUUUGUUAUUGUUUUUAUCGUUAACUCGGUUUUCCUGGGUCUUUUCACGUGUGUUAUGAAUAAAUCUUCUUUUUUUAUUUUGUUGUAUUUAUUUUGUUGUAUUUAUCCACGACACCUUAAAGGCCGGUCCGUGAAAAUAUUGUCGGGCAUAAACCGGUCCGUGGCGCAAAAAAGGUUGGGGACCGCUGUUUUAGAGAAUAGAAGUGUUUUAGACACUUUCCUUUGCAUCACAACAGUCUGUUUUUAUUUUACAUUUGCUGGAGUGGCUAGUCCUCAACAAAUCCAGAAUCUGCACCAAAUCUGGAUUAUUAUAGCCAAAUGAUUGACUUUUAAAUAAGUGGGAGAUCAUUUCAAUUCAAUUCCGUUUUACUUAUACAGCACCAAAUCACAAAAACAGUGGCCUCAAGGCGCUUUAAAACUCUUGUUUUGUUUUUAAAUCCCAUCCUUUACUGCCCUUAGAAACCUCAUUAGAUCUGUUAAGAUGCCGCUACACACUGCACACACAUAUAGAGACACCUGACUCUUGAUGUCAGAGGUCUGAAUAAGUCAGACAGGUUUUAAUAUUUGGUAGCUAAUCUGGAACCCCUGGAUGUAACUGAAUGGAUCUGAAGGUAUAAUAAAUGUGGAGGUGUAUUUACUUUUUCGUGAAAGAGAUUAUGUGACAGAUUUAGGAAAUGAUUUCAUAAUAUCUUUGUCAUAUGCUCUUUUUUCAUUGGAUGUAUGUGACAACAUAAUAACCUUACAGAUCAAGAAGUUAAGACGACACAUUGAACUUAAUUUUGAGCCAUUCUAGUGUGUUGCAUUGUUAAAUAUUCAUAAUAAUUUUAGUUCUGUUUUGGUCUGCACCAAUUUCUGAGAAUAGUACUUUUAGCCAUUAGCCUAGUUAUCACCCUAGCUAUCUCUAGCUCCUGAAAUCUUGAGUUUCCUCAUCAGUUAGUUUCAAACCUUUUUGGGCCGAUAUUCGGUGCUAAGCACACAAUAUACAAUGUGUUUGCUUUAUUUUUCAGAUAGAAAAUAAGGUUAAACUGGAUUUGAAUAUUUUUAGACUGUUUUUGAUCUUUGUUUCUUUUUAAAAUUGCUAAUUUGAUCAUUUGUCCCAGUAUACGUAAUACAUUUCCAUAUCAAUGCAUAGAUGAUGUGUAUAUGAUUGUUUUUGUGCCCUACGACUUAUCUCUUUUUGAUCUUAACCUCCUCUACAUCUUGUGUUUGUUUGUUUAUUUUUCUUCUGGUUUGAAAAACCCUGUCCACAACCUCCUGGUGACACAGUCUGGAUCAGGGCAACUUCUACAUGGCCCUCUGGGAUGGGGUGGAAGUUGGCAUAGCCUUACCAGCGGUAAAUCACCCGCUCAAGUAUUUCUGAUCCAACAGCCAACAAUUCAUGCCACCACCUCCUGUGCCCCCACACCUUCUUUCUGUCUACCUCCACCACAAGGUCAGUUUAAAGAAGGAAUCAGCUGCAGCAACCAGAACCAUAGCAAGAACUCGUAUCUGCCCAUCCUGAAUUCUUACCCUCGUAUUGCCCCUCACCCCAGGAAGGAAAUCCAUGAGGGAAAAGGUACCAGAGUAGAUGGUGUUAAAGAGCUUUGCAGUGAAGGCCAAAGCCAGAGCAAGAGAGCAUGCAUUGAGGAAGAGAAGAGGGAAGCUGUAUCCACUACUAUUCACCUCCUGCAGCAGCAACAGAAAGAUGACAAAGUCAAUUUCCAGCAUAAAGUCAGAGGAGGACACAGUUCUAUCCUCAACUUAUCUCACUGCCUGGUGCCCAGUUAUGCCUCAUCUAAAACCCAACACAAGUCCUGCCACUGUCACAAAAACUCCAGCUCUGAAAAUUUAGGCUCACUGUCCAUCUCGAGGUCCCACAUACCCUCUUCACCUUCUUCCUUUUCUCCCCUAUCCUCCUCUCCUUCCUCUUCAUCUCCCACUUCUUCAACAGCUCACAGUCCAUAUCACCUAGCUCUAGACAGCUCUUCCACACGCCAGCGCCGUUUCCUCAACACAGCAGAGAUUCUCAACCAGUUGGGCCUGCUGGCUAUUACACUACGCACCAAGGAGCUGCUAAAGCAGAAUGUUGCUACUGAGAGAGAAAUUACUCAGCUACGUCAGCACACCCAUCUCUUAUCCCAGGCCAGCCAAAACAGUGGCACUGAAGUCUCAUAUAGCCUUCACAAACUCUUCCAAAUUAUGAGAGAAUCAGGCGCCUACCCGAACUUGGUGCUUUCAGAUGAUGAAAGACUCAGCAGCAGCCACCAAAAGAGGAAGACUAUAAGACUGCAAGACUACAAAGAGGAUAACAACACAGAAACCUCUAAAAUCCAAAGUAGCCUACCACAGGUUGUGUCUAUACACAACAUGAAUGAUGGAACAUCACCGCCCUCUCCAUUGUUUGCUCCUUCACCGGACACAAAAGAAGCAGACCAUGCUUACAGUUCAGAGCUCAUGUCCCUGUCUCUCUUUUUCUAGAUCUGUUCAUAAACAAGGACACAGUGAGUCAGUCAUGGAAAAGGACUUAAGUGAUUUUACUGUUUUUCCAGAAACUUCAACACAGAGCAACUAUCUCCUCUAGAAUCUUGGUGAAGAGGAGGAUGUGUUAUAGAAAAAUGUGCAACCUAGCAAUACAAUAAAGCAUUUGACUGAAUUGAAAACUAAUGAAAAAUGGCCAUAGAAAGGGUGAUUUUUACUGAUAUAUAUACACAAUUUAAUGUUCAACACGAUUUAGAUAUUUUCCUACAUUUUGUCAGGGAUUUGCUCAUUCCAGGUGAACAUUUUUCAUCAAUAGUUUUGCCUUAUGUGCACAGGACUUAUGUGUUCAGUCAGGCAACUACCGCAUGUUAAAAAACAAACAGAAGCACAUUUGCUGUCACAACUCGGGUCUCUUGUGGAGAAUUUCAGCAACUGAAGAGUGACAGCAGUCUUUUGCUUUGUUACUUCAGAAAACAAUGCUUCCUGACAUUUUUUCAGUAUUGUAAAUUGUUUGUAAUGAAAAGCUUCAAUGUGCAGUGAUACAAAAAGCUUGAGUCUCUAAUUUAUCCCUUGAAAAAUUCUCCAGGGUUGAGGUUAGGGGUUAGGGUUAGGUUCUUAGGUACUUCUUUGUAUUACUGUUGCUAAUUGUAUAUUCAUUACAUAUAGAUAUUUACAAUUGCAAAUAUCUAUAUUUAAUAUGUUGAUUUAAAACAGUUUGGUGAAUACACAACAAAAGCAGUAAAACUAAUGUAGCAAAAAACAUGUAGGUUAACUCUAAAACACAGCUCUAUAGCUGUUAAACUCUUGUGGACACCUGGACACAAGUACAGAGCACAGAGGUAAGGUUAAAAGAUGUUUAAAUGAAAAAAUAUUUGUUGAACAGAAUAUAUUUAAAGGACAGGCAAGCAAUCGCCACAAGUGUCUCUCUUCUUUCUUCUCUCACAACCUAGUUCUCUCGCCAUGAUUCUCAGCAGCUGCUGGUGUCUAAACAGAAGAGACAAAAGUGAGUACUGCAUCAGCAAUAGAUAAAUGAGUAUUGAUGGAGCUGUGCUUGUUUGCCGCAUAGGCUGUUACCACUGACAGAGCUAAAUUCCAGCCUUUUAUCCACAAUUUUCACAUGAUGUCAGUGCUACUGGGACACGCCUACCUCGUGGGCAAAAACAGUACUGCGGCCCUCCUUUGAACAGCUUUAAUGCCAGGUAGUUGCUCUGCUAUCAGAUGCACUAAUAAAAGUUUAUUUAUAGCUGCUAGAAGAAUAGAAGUAUGGCACCAACAUGUGAACACAUCUCUCAUAACCCUGACUUACAGGUCAAAUUGCACCAAUCCCUGCUUCUCCACAGCAACCCAUGCCAUCAGUGGUGGCUCAUUUAAACUAUAGGAGUGAUUUACUGACAUCGAAAAAUACUUGGUAACAUGAUUUAUUCCAGGGCUCUGGUUUAAGCUAGCUAUGUAGUGCUUACUUUUGCUUUAAUGAUGAGCAAUUUCUUGUUCUUCACUUGCCAAACAGUGGUAUUAUUUACCCAUCCAGAUGGGUAAAAUAGGUAUUACCCAGCAUACACUAGGUAAAAUAAGUACACAUCACCAAUUGUCUAAGUAAAUAUAUUUCUAAAGGUGCUUCUGACAUGAGAAUCUCACCAGAUGUCAGUAACAACCCAUCCAAUCCACAAAUUCAAAUAAGUGAAAUCAGAGAAAUUCAUAAGUUGUGUAUAAUAAAGAGACAUGACACAGGGAAAAAGUAUUGAACACGCUUACUGAAAUAUAAUACGUUGUACAAAAGCUUGUGUUGAUGACAGCUUCACAACGCCUAUUGUAUGGAGAAACACAGUUGCAUGCUUUGCUCAAUUAUGAUUUUGGCCCAUUUUUUGACACAAAAAGUUUUCAAAUCCUGAAGGUUACAUGGGCCCCUCCUAUUAACUCUGAGCUUAGUUCUUUCCAUAGAUUUUCUGUUAGAUUUAGCUCAGGUGAUUGGCUGGGGCAUUCUACCAGCUUUUAAAUUUUUUUUCUCUGAAACCAAGAGAGAGCAGUAUUGUGGGGAUGUGAUCAUGACCUGUAGUAGCAUGUAAUGUCUGCGUGGUGUCAGCGGUGACGCAGAGUUGUCCGACACUGACUCUGGGGGGAAGGAGAUGGCGGGGCCUUCGAGUGAGGUUCCGCCAGCUCCAACGAUUUGUCCCACAGAUUUCCCACUGGAGCAGUCUUGUGAUGACACCCUACGGUCAACCUUCGACCAAGCGAUAGAAAUUGAUGGGGACUUUAUCGACACUCUCACAGAGAAAGAGCACAGUUGUUGUUGCACCAACAGUUGUUUGGGCCUAAAAGCAUCUGGGAAAUGAUUUUCCAGGCGGCUCAUUAUAACCCCAUGGCAGGGCAAAUGGGAUAUGACAAGACUCUGGAACAAAUAAGGGUCCGAUUUUAUUGACUAAUUAAAGAAAACUGGGAGGAAGGUCCAACUCCAAGGUUGGACCUUGGAGUUGGUCCAACCUUGGGCGUUUGUGUGGGACCUUGAAGGUGUGGGACCAGAUGUGGCCCUGGACUCAAUUGGGCGGUGAGGGGGUGUGGCGGGGGUGUGGUCUCUGGCUCCGCUGCAGUGGACUCGAGGGGCAGUGCCAGAGUGGCUGGCAGGGCAGCUGCUGCCACUCAGUAAUCAGACUCUCCCUUUUUCAGUGAUGCGGGGGCUCAAGAAAGGAGCUGAGUGUGGAGUGGAGAAGCAGCUGAAAAGCUGACCUCACAAAGUCAGGAAAACAGAAAACGUAUUGUGCAAAUAAACAAAAACUGUCUCCUGAGGCUAUGUAGGUUCCAUUCAUUUCACAGUUACUAAUUAUUUUCUUUAAAAGAGUUGUACCUGCUGAUUCCAGGUCUUUCUGAAGCUCUCCACACGUGGUCCUUGGCUCUUGGUAGUGGUGAGAUGCACUGUACUGAGGCUUUGGAGCGUCUGUCAAGAAAUCCAGAAAUCCUUUUAUGAAACACAUAUUGAGGCUUGGUUCUUUAAUGGGAGUGAUGUCAGUGAUGACAUUUGAAGCCUAUCUGGUUCAGAAAGUGGUUAAAGUGUUUGUGUGGUUUACGAACAUAUAAUUGGAUCACCACAAAAUUUACAUGUUAGUGUUUGUGUUGGAGUUUUGCCAAUAUUGCUUUGGUAGAGAAGAGCUUGUUUUCAUGGAUCCUCCUGCUGAUUUCUCCCAAUAAAGUAGGCUAUUACCCAUAAUAUGCCUGUAAAUAAUUAAAUGUGUUACUACUAUAAUGCUCCCAAGUUGUUGGGUUUUGGUUUUUUUUCCUAAGGUGAAGUGUUUGUUGUGUGCAAACACUUGGGGUCCAACAACAUGCCUCAUUGAUUGGUAUCAUCUAGGCAGAGGUGUAUAUAUCCAAACCUAUACAGGCUCGCUGUGGGAUACUGUGGGAUGUUCCCCUGCAUCCUCAGUAUCUUGUAAAACAGUUUUCUCUAAAACCGGAGAGGUUAUUACCAAAAGGAGAAACCAGCUUAGUCAAGCACAGUAGAAAAAAGGUGUUUUCUUAAUAAAACAUGAAUAAAGUUACCAUCACCCCAGUAUUCACAACCUCAAUCAUGUUAAUUCACAUAAAGAAAUUCAGAAAUUAACCUUUUUUUUCUUUUUAACCAAUUGGACCAAUUGCUUCUUUAUGAGGCUUCAUCUGGCCAUCACCACAUCUUGGACAACUCUUCUGAUAAUUAUUUUUACUCUUCUGUCUGAGAUCUUGAAGGGAGCACCUGGUUGUGGAUGGUUUAUGUUGAAAUAAUGUUCUUUCCUUUUCCGGAUUAGGGCCCCAACAGGGCUCACUGGAACUUUCAGUAAUUUAGAAAUUAUUCUGUAACCAAUGCAUUCAAUAAGGCUGCAAAGGUUUUGAGAGAUGCUCACUGAUUUUACCCAUCAUAAGAUGUAUGUUGUGUAACACACUGGUAAUGAGAGACCUUUUUAUAGGCCAUCAUUUGGGACUAAACCAGCUGAUACUGAUUUGCACUAAGUGGGAGGAUUGCUUUUUAAUUAAUUCAGUUUCAAUUUAAUUCAAUUUUAUUUAUAUAGCACAAUAAUAGAUAUAGAGAAAAACCCAACAAUCAUAUGACCCCCUAUGAGCAAGCACUUUGGCAACAGUGGGAAGGAAAAACUCCCUUUAAACAGGAAGAAACCUCCAGCAGAACCAGGCUCAGGGAGGGGCAUCUGCUGCGACCGGUUGGGGUGAGAGAAGGAAACAGGAUAAAGACAUGCUGUGGAAGAGAGCCAGAAAUUAAUAACACAUAUGAUUCAAUGCAGAGAGGUCUAUUAACACAUAGUGAGUGAGAAAGGUGACUGGAAAGGAAAAUCUCAAUGCAUUAUGGGAAUCCCCCGGCAGCCUACGUCUAUUGCAGCAUAACUAAGGGAGGAUUCAGGGUCACCUGGUCCAGCCUUAACUAUAUGCUUUAGCAAAAAGGAAAGUUUUAAGCCUAAUCUUAAAAGUAGAGAUAUUGUCUGUCUCCCGAAUCCAAACUGGAAGCUGGUUCCACAGGAGAAGGGCCUGAAAACUGAAGGCUCUCCCUCCCAUUCUACUUUUAAGUACUCUAGGAACAACAAGUAAGACUGCAGUGCGAGAGCGAAGUGCUCUAAUAGGAUGAUAUGGUACUACAAGGUCAUUAAGAUAAGAUGGGGCCUGAUUAUUUAAGACCUUGUAUGUGAGGAGCAGGAUUUUGAAUUCAAUUCUGGAUUUAACAGGAGGCCAAUGAAGGGAAACCAAUGCAGGAGAAAUAUGCUCUCUCUUUCGAGUCCCUAUCAGUACUGUUGCUGCAGCAUUUUGGAUUAACUGAAGGCUUUUCAGGGAGUUUUUAGGACAUCCUGAUAAUAAUGAAUUACAGUAGUCCAGCCUGGAAGUGAACUAGUUUUGCAGCAUCACUCUGAGAGUCUUUAGAGAUGUUGCACAAAUGGAAGAAAGCAGUCUUACAUAUUUGUUUAAUAUGUGUGUUGAAGGACAUGUCUUGGUCAAAAAUGACUCCAAGGUUCCUCACAGUGUUACUGGAGGCCAAGGUAAUGCCAUCCAGAGUGAAAAUCUGGUUAGAUACCAUAUUUCUAAGAUUUUCAGGGCCGAGUAAAAUAACCUCAGUUUUAUCAGAAUUAAGAAGCAGAGAGUUAGCGGCCAGCCAGGUCUUUAUGUAUUUAAGACAUUCCUGCAGUUUAACUAAAUGGUGUGUGUUAUCUGGCUUCAUGGAUAGAUAGAGCUGGGUGUCAUCUGCAUAGCAGUGAAAAUGUAUACUAUGUCUUCUAAUGAUACUGCCUAGGGGAAGCAUGUAUAAUGUAAACAGAAUUGGUCCUAGCACUGAACCCUGUGGAACACCAUAACUGACCUUAGUGUGUGAAGAGGACUCUCCAUUUACAUGCACAAAUUGGAGUCUGUUCGAUAGAUAUGAUACAAACCACUGCAGCGCAGUACCUGUAAUACCUACAGCGUGCUCUAAUCGCUCUAAUAGGAUAUUAUGGUCAACAGUAUCAAACGCUGCACUGAGGUCUAGCAGGACAAGCACAGAGAUGAGUCCACUGUCAGAGGCCAUAAGAAGAUCAUUUGUAACCUUCACUAAAGCUGUUUCUGUGCUGUGAUGAGCUCUGAAACCUGACUGAAACUCUUCAAAUAAGCCAUUCCUCUGCAGAAGAUCUGUUAGCUGUUUGACAACUACUCUUUCAAGGAUUUUUGAAGUUUUUGAGUUUUUACAUCUCCCUUUCUUCGUGUGUUUAAUACUUUUUCCCUUUGUCUUUUCUCAUUAUUACACAGUUUAUGGACAUCCAUGGUUUGAUUUUUUUGCAUAUGUAAAUUGAAUGGGUUUUACAGACAUGUUGUGAGAAUUUUGAUGUCAAUUAAGUGACUAUUUCAGUCUGAGUUUUAAUGUCUUCAUCACAGUGUGUGUGUGUUAGAGUUGGAUGUCUCGAGACCGGUCUUGGUCUUGAGACUGGUCUCAAGAUCACUUUUACGUGGUCUUGGUCUUGUCUUGGUCUCGACGGACUUUGGUCUUGGUCUUGUCUUGGUCUCGGAUCCCUCGGUCUUCUCUUGGUCUGGCUGUCUCGGUCUUGCUGUCUCAGAUCGACAUAGUGCAACUGUAUAAAACAAAAACUACACACAAUAUUCGAAGCACAUAGCGCACAGUCGUAAAUUCCCCCUAAUUUUUGGUAUGAUCCGAGCUCAGGUACUAGGCGACUGAGCACAGCAUUUACUCAUGUGAGCGAGGGGGGAGAAGCUGCUGCCUGCGAAUUUGCUGUAGGAGAAGCGCAGACAGGCAGACAGAGGAGAGCUUAAGUUUGACCAGGUACCAAAGCAAAUCAUUCAUACUGUACAAAUAAUGUAAAUACGACGGUGUAUCACAAAAGAUUGAUAUCAAACUGAUAACUUGACCCAUAUUACGUUACUUGCUCUUCGAGUGAAUCAACAAAUGGCAAAAUGAAAAGCCGAACAACAAUGCUGUUUUUUUUAGACAGUCUUAGCUUACAUGUGUGUUUAUUUCAUAUUUUCAGUUUUUACCCUCCACAGCUAAACAACGCACUCUAAAUCAGUUUCAGUUAUGUACUGAUGAACACAACAAUGGACAUAAGGGGCUUCUUUCAAAGAAAAAACUCAAGUAGAUGUUAUUUUAUAUAUUAUGCUUUGUAUGUUGUUCAGUAUAUUUCUAUGCAAAACAAGAGGAAUUUCAAUACACAGCAGUAUAUUCACAGUUGAAACCAGAUAUUUACAUACACUUUAGGGAAAAAACAUAAAAACAUUUUUUUUAUGUUAAACAUGAAUUUAGAGUAAACUUGUUUUGUUUUAGAUAAAUAAAUAUUGAAAUAUCUUUUGAAUUAGUUAAAUGUUAGAAUAAAGGGACAGAGAGCUGUCUAUUUUUUAUCACUUUCACCAAAUUUAGGAGUACAUAUACACUAAGUUUAUUGUUAAUUAAUAAGAAAACUCCAGACGAGUCCAUUCUGAGCUUAAGAAGCUUCUGAUAGGUUAGUAGAGUCCAUGUGAGUAAAUUGGUGGCACACCUAUGGAUGCAUAUAAGGCACCCCCAAAACACAGAGCCUGUUUCUUUGACAUGGGAAAAUCAAGAGAUAUCAACCAAAACACCAGGAAAAGAAUUGUGGACCUCCAUAAGUGUGGCUCAAUUUUAAAUACAAUUUGGGUGCCAUUUGCAAUUAAGAAAUACAUAUAUAUAUAUAUUUUUUUUUUUUUUUCCUAUAUGAAGUCAUUCUUUUUUGAACAAAACUCAAAACACAGCCUAAUAAAUCUUUCAGUACAUUUCUACCCAUUUCUAUGUUAUAUUGAUAUGACAUGUGUGGUUGCCUGCACGUGCCUUUCAGAAUCUAUUUUGUGGUCACACUUAAUUACAUUAGGUUAUUUGCAAGAAUCUAAUGCAUCAUCACCAAUUAUGUGUCGACUUCCUUGUACAGACACUGGACAAAUGUUAUUUACUAGCUAAUCUUAAAAUUGAUGUUGGUUACAGAAAUUUAGCCUUGCAAUUAUAGUUUUAGAGUCCAGUGGUCUCUCAGCCUCAGAUAUUUAACAUACCAAUGAAAAGUCUGUACAAAAGUUUUUUGGGGUUUUUUUGUUUGUUUUUUUAAAAAAAAAAACAAAACAGAGAUACUCUGUAUCUCUGUUUGUGGUAUCUCUUUCCACAAUGAUCAACAACAGGUCAGAUGCCCUAAGAUGGUCAGCAACAACUCUACGGUGAUUGUGGAGGUAAAAGAUGCUUUUGAAGAAAAUCCACAGCACUGAAGAAAUCAAACAGUCUUUUGGGUUUGUCUGUGCUGACAUUAAAACCAUGAAGGAGAGAGUCAAUAGCUUUGACGAUACACAUGAAAAAUAUCUCUCUUGUCUGGAAAGCUACACACACCGCUGGAAUCUCAAGCGUUACGGCUUAGAGAAAAAAGAAAAAGAGGAAAGAAGUCGUUCAAAUAUGGCAAGCUAAGUGAUGCUGUUUGGUGCUCUGCAAAAAACCUCAUCCUUCCUGAAAGACCACAACUUGAAGCUGGCAGAGGACCGUUGACGACAGAGAGAAACGAAAGAGACUGUGGCCUGCUGUGGAAAAAGGCCAAAAAGAAAACAAAUUGACAUACUUCGCUGGUGGUUGUACCUUUGUGAGUGGAACCAACGUAUUCUCCCCACAAACUACAGUAACUUACCUAAUAAGGUACUGUAUGCAGUGGCACUUUUUUGUAUUUCUGAGAGUCUUGAAUUUUGUGAACUGCUGUUAGCGCUUUUAAAUGCACAUGAAGCUAGAUGCAUCUUACUAGAUAUGUCCCUGUUUACUCACUCAUAAUGUUUUUUAAUGAGGCAUUCGAUCUCAAGAGCUAUUAAUCUCUGGGGGGUUUUGGGGGGGUUGAAUCUUACCUCAUGAACUUUUCUUUAGUUUUGAAGCAUUUCAGAGAUAUAACUCUCCUAUACUACGCUGAGCUGUACCCAUCAAGUUAUUUAUAACAGGGUUUGGUGGUUUGGUGGGUGGGUUUGCCAGUGUCUUAGGACCAUGAGCUUUCUUUUUGACAGUUCUUUGUCUUAUUUUAUUUUCUUGAAAGUCACUCUGAAUGUGACAAAGAUGGUCAUUAUACAGGGUGGGCCAUUUAUAUGGAUACACCGUAAUAAAAUGGGAAUGGUUGGUGAUAUUAAAGUCCUGUUUGUGGCACAUUAGUAUAUGUGAGGGGGCAAACUCCUCAAGAUGGGUGGUGGCCAUGGUGGCCAUUUAGAAGUCGGCCAUCUUGGAUACAACUUUUGUUUUUUCAAUAGGAAGAGGGCCAUGUGACACAUCAAAUUUAUUGGUAAUGUCACAAGAAAAACAAUGGUGUGCUUGGUUUCAACGUAACUUUAUUCUUUCAUGAGUUAUUUACAAGUUUCUGACCACUUAUAAAAUGUGUUCAAUGUGCUGCCCAUUGUGUUGGAUUGUCAAUGCAACCCUCUGCUCCCGCUCUUCACACACUGAUAGCAACACCGCAGGAGAAAUGCCAGCACAGGCAUCCAGUAUCCGUAGUUUCAGGUGCUGCACAUCUCGUGUUUUGACCAACAAUGACAAGUCCAAACAAAGGGUUAAAUAAACUUGGCCCUGGUAAGAUGCACAUGGGAGACUCUCUGCCGGUCUUCGCUGCCAGAAGGUGGUGAACCAUCCAUCUCUAACCAAUAUAGUCAACAAACUUGGCCCACCUGAGAGUGCACCUGGGACACUUUUUGCCCAUCUCCAUUUGCCAAAGUUGUGAAAAACCCUUCUUUAACGGAUAUAGUAGCAAACCCAACAAAGCUGUCAGGAGGAUUAAUUAUUUUCUCUCUGCAGUAUGUUUGAUAUCUGUAGUUUUGCGGACUUUUGGUUUCACUCUGUCCAUAAAACCAUCAGGGACCCAAUUAAAAAUGAUGGAUGCUGGGAACAGCGCUCAGAAAGUUAUGGAGUAGUGCCAGAAAGUUAUUUAACACAAGUGUCAAAGAUUAAAAGAGGAACAAAGUGCAAAUUGACAACUGAUUGGGGAAAAGUAUUGCCAAACAUAUUACAUCGAUAAUUGGGGUUAAUGUUGACAUUUGUAGAGUUGAGAAAAUACAUAUUAGUUUAAAUUUAAUGUGAAUCAGGGAAAAAAGAUGCACCCUGGGUAGUUUCUUGGCCGCUGUUUGUCUGUUUGCGUUGGUUUUUGACCUGCAUGUGCUCACGGCAAACACCCUAGGGGAGCUUUUUUACUUUUCCUAUGGUGCUGAAGUUGAUCAUUCAAUAAAGAAAUUGGCAUAGAA